AGUGUGUAGAAGUGUGUAGAAGUGUGUAUGAGUGUAGGAGUGUGUGCGCUGAAGAGGUACAAAGUUCUUCAGAGUUUUUUCAGACCGGUAAAAGCGCGACCUUGUCAUUUCAGCGCUGUGGAGUGCUCGGAUUGUACCUGUGAUUAACUGCUGGAAGGCUAUACGAUCCUUGGCAGUGUUCUGAGACUGUAUAGCCUCAAUUUUUCUCUGAUUGAAUCCGGAGUGGAUUUUAUGUGUUUCUUUUUUUUUUUUUUUAACUGAAAACAAACACGCGUAACUUUUCUUUUUUUUGGGUUGUUGUUGUUUAGCCUAAACCUGCACACACCCAGGAGUUAUUAUUUGUCAUUGUCAAAAUAUCAUCGAGACCGAAGUGCGUGUGUGUGUGUAUAUGUGUGUGUGUGUGUGGAAGUGUGUGUGUGUAUGUGCGCGCGCGCGUGUGUGAAUUUCGGAGAAAUUACUGGAACAGCCAGUGUGUGAGGGAGAGGUAACUUCUGAAGAUGACAGCCGAGAAAGACAAGAAAAGCAGGAGCACGUCAGAGCGACGGAAGGAGAAAUCUCGCGAUGCAGCUCGCUGCAGGCGCAGUAAGGAGACGGAGGUGUUCUAUGAUCUGGCGCACCAGCUACCCCUGCCUCACAGCAUCAGCUCCCAUCUGGACAAGGCCUCCAUCAUGAGACUGGCCAUCAGCUUCCUCCGCACAUGCAAGCUCCUCACAUCAGGCUGCAGAACCAGUGAAACAGACAUAGACAGACAGAUGGACAGUCUUUAUUUGAAGUCACUAGAAGGCUUCAUCUCCGUGGUAACAUCAGACGGAGACAUGAUCUUCCUCUCAGAGAAUAUCAACAGAUUCAUGGGGCUGACACAGGUUGAACUAAUAGGUCACAGUAUCUUUGAUUUCACCCAUCCCUGUGACCAUGAUGAGAUACGUGAGAACCUGAGCCUCAAACCUGGUGUGGGGAAGAAAGGCAAAGAAUUGAGCACAGAGAGAGACUUCUUCAUGAGAAUGAAAUGCACUGUGACAAGUCGAGGACGCACCGUCAACCUUAAAUCAGCCAGCUGGAAGGUGCUACACUGCACAGGUCAUCUUAAGGUGUAUAACAGCUGUCCUACACGCACUCUAUGCGGAUAUAAAGAGUCACCACUCACCUGUGUGGUCAUGCUCUGUGAACCCAUCCCUCACCCCUCCAACAUCGACACACCAUUUGACAGCAAGACCUUCCUCAGCCGACACAGCAUGGAUAUGAAGUUCACCUACUGUGAUGAGAGGGUAACUGAGUUAAUAGGCUACAGUCCUGAAGAGCUCCUGGGUCGCUCUGUGUAUGAGUUCUACCAUGCCCUCGACUCUGAAAGUGUCACCAGAAGCCACCAGAAUUUAUGCACAAAAGGGCAGGCUGUGAGUGGACAGUACCGGAUGUUGGCCAAGCAUGGGGGCUUUGUGUGGGUGGAGACUCAGGGCACCGUCAUUUACAGCAGCCGCAACUCUCAGCCACAGUGCAUUGUGUGCGUCAACUACGUCCUGAGUGAUAUUGAGGAGAAGUCCACAAUCUUCUCUAAAGACCAGACAGAGUCUUUGUUGAAGACACAUAUGAGCAGUUUCUUCAGCCAGGCUGGAUCUACCGUGGCCUCUGAGACUGGUGGAGCUCUCUUCACCAAGUUCAAAGAGGAGCCAGAGGAUCUCACCCACUUGGCACCGACUCCUGGUGACUGCAUCAUCCCCCUCGACUUUGGUCCUUCAUUUGAGGAAUACCCAGGGUGUUCUAAAGUUUCUCCCAUGCAUCCUCCUGCCACUCACUCUGUCACUGAGGGCCACAACAUGCCUAAAAUGGGUGGCGCCUUCUCUAUACCCCAGGCUCCACCACCCAGUAGUGCCACUCCCAGCAUAAGCAGCUGCUCUACGCCCAGCAGCCCGGACGAUUACAAAAGCCCAGUGGAUGACCUGAAGAUGGAGAUCACAGAGAAACUGUUUGCUAUGGACACCCAGGGGAAAAACUCCUACAGCCAAGAGACUGACCUGAGUGAUCUGGACCUGGAGACAUUGGCCCCCUACAUUCCAAUGGAUGGUGAAGAUUUCCAGCUAAAUCCCAUCUGUCAGGAGGAGCCUCUGCCUGAGGCUAUUGCUCUGGGCAUUAAUCAGUAUAGCUUCAGCAACAUUGCCAACUUCUUCCAGCCACUGACCCCACGUCCAGAGGCCCACUUCCAGCCCAACCCACACUCUGCUAGUGAGAAGCAGGCACCCAAUGCUGCCACAAUGGACCCCUGGCCCCCCAUAUUUUAUGCCAACCCCAUGCCUGUGGCACACCCCACUAACCCAGCCAGCACACCACUAGCCUCUAUGGGAGGGCAUCACAGUUUGCAGUGGCCACCUGACCCGCCAAUAAAUUUCUCCAAUACCAAAGGUGGUGUGAUAGACUCGUUGGUGGAAAACCACUCAUGCCAAGCUCUGCAAACAAAUUGCAUGUCCCGCCACAAUCAAAGGUCCAUGGAGAAAUACAGACCUUUUAAAGCCUACAGAGACAUAAGCCCAGUCUGGCUCACAAUACCAAACACUAUGAAGCGCUCAUUUUCGCAGACGAGCAUGGGGUUAUCAUCUGCUACCAAGCCACCAGAGAUGUGGAAAAGGAUGAAGAAUGAACGCUGUACCAUUUUGAACAGGAUGUCUCAAAGCAGCAGUGCCUUAACAGAUGACCGCAUGGGCUACCAGCAAAGGAAGACUCAGUAUCAAGGUAAUCAAACAGGGCUGGGGAAAAAAGACUACCCAGAACAGUGCUGUAACUACACAGACCACAACAUGCUGCCCAACACAAAAAUGGAAGGUGUGGCGAGCCGUCUGCUUGGGCCCUCGUUUGAGAUGUACUGUCUGCCCGAGCUGACACGUCAUGACUGCGAAGUGAACGUCCCCCUGCAAGGCAACCUGCACCUGCUGCAGGGCCGUGAUCUACUGUGUGCUUUAGACCAGUCCACCUAGAGCGACCUAGUCAGUUAACCUUGCUAUAUCGCUCACCUGGAGUGUCAACCACAAUCUUGAUUAUAUUCAUGCAGUGUGUUCGAUUAUGGUCCUUCAUUACCCUUCCACUGCACAUUAUAGUAUUUUCCUCUCAACAUACCCCACUCAAUUCAUCAGCCAAUCACUUCAUGAGCACAAAAUGUGCACAAUAGGGGACUUCAAUGCACACAUCUCUACUCUACCAUAUAUAAUAAGAAUGUAGCUUUCUGUUUAUCAUCUUUAUAAAUUAUAUGCAGUCCUAUACAUAGUAUAAUACAGUAUACACACAUUAUACAGUAUAAUAUUUUAGUUACAAAAGCUCUUUCUUAAAGGUGCAAUAGUCAUUUUUUUUAUUUCUUACUUAUACAAAUAACCUGGAAGAUGUAAAUGUAAAACAUGAUAAAAUAUAAUGGUUUAUGUCAUGGUCCCAGCACAUGUGGCUGAGACUAAGAAAUCCCAUUUGGACAACUGACUUCUGGUCUGGAAUGAUUGUUUUUGUUUGAAUGUGCCCUCUGUCAGUCAUUUUAUAGAUACUCUACAGGCCACAGUAGAUCCUGAGGGUGGAGCUUCAUGAACAUGGGUGCGAAUGAGGGGUUGGCUCGAGGAGUAAAAAAAUCAUUCAGAAGUCAAAUCCACCUACUUAACCUGAUGCACCUUUAAUGUGCUGAUUUAUUUUGCAUUUUAUAUUCAUUUUACUUGUCUUUGGCUAUCUGUUUCUGUGCCUUUAGCUAGAUUUUUAGUGCACUUCUCUCUCAGUUUCCCUGUCCUACUCUCUUGAAGAAAGAUGAUCUACUGUAAGAAUGUUAUUUGUCCUCAAACUUUCUGUAUUUCUCUCUAAAUUUCCUACCUCUGACACCUUAAGCCUUUAUCUGUAAUAUUUAUGCAUGCUUUAGUGCCUUCUCUGUUCAAUUCAUAAAGUGUUACAACACCACUUUUCUUUCUGUCUCUGUCAAUCUCCCUCUGUUUCUCUCACUCUCUGUCCAUUGCCUUUUAUGUGGUGACCACUCUAAGUAUAUAGUUUUUAUUUUUGUCAUAUUACCUGUAUACAUGAUAUUUAAAGGAGGAUUCUGUGAUAAAGUUCUCUAUUAUGUUAAAGUUGUAGCACUCAAAUACGUGGGUACUUUAUCUUGUCUACUCAGUAGAUGUGGAUCGGAGUGCUGAUUUUAAGCGGUCUGUAGUGCUGGUAUCUGUUCCUUUCUAGUGGCAUUUUUUCCCUUUGUGAUAUACAAAAGCAUAUUAUAUUUGUUGGCAGGCCAGUGCAGAUUUCUUUUUACUCUAAUAAGAAGUAAGGGGGGAAAAAAAGAAAAAUUAUUAAAAUUUAAAAGUCUGUUUUUAAGAUGUAGCAAAUUAGCAAAAGUUCUAUUCAGCAUUUUCACUUUUAUCAUUUAUUAAUGAUGUGUGUGACAUUUGUGUUAAGAAAUUGUCUUUAAUACUUCUAAUAGUAUUUCUGUCACACUAGCUGAGGUUGUCUUUAAAGUCGAAUGAACUAGUAUAAUAAAGGAUUAAUAAAUUUUGACUUAAUUACUAAAGUUUUGGCUAAAGGCGUACUCUUCCUGUUUUUUAAUAGUUGUAUUUGUUGAUCUAAUCAACUAUUCUUGCACCCACACCCAAACCGGCAUUUGCUGUUAAACUUGGAAUAGUAGAAAAUGUUCUGUUUAUGAGUUUAAUUCAACAUGAGACAUUUACCCCCUAAACAGUGCCCUGUUCAUUCACAGCCAGAAUGAGAUUCUAGACUGGAUGCUGUAGAUUUUAAGCUAUGCAGAUUAGAGGGCUAAGCAGAUCAGUAGAUGCUGAUUAACAGUGGAGGUUUGAAAGUUUGAUUCUGUGUAAGUGGAACUUAACCUUGAACCUGAGAUUCUGGUGUAUAGGCCCUUAAAAUGUCCUUGAUGAACUUUCAAUUUUUAAAAAAAAGAUUCCUCCAUCCUAUCUGAUAUAAUGUUAGGACAUUAUGCACAGUAGACACAAUAUCAAGCCAGUGGAAGAUAAAUGGAGAGAUAGUAAGAUACAGCGAUACAGGCUGCUCAGUCUACCCACUGAUGCACAUCUCUCCAGUCUCCACAAACUCUCCACUUCCUGACCCAAGUAUGUCAUAUAUAUAUAUAUAUAUAUAUAUAUAUAUAUAUAUAUAUAUGUAUGUAUGUAUAUAUACACACACACAAAAUCAAAAUGUAUAGUAGAUGACACUAAUAUAAUUGCAUGCACUUAAUUAUUUUUUUUCUAGAGAAACAAAAUAUAAACCAUAGUCAGAGAUGCACUGAUGAUUACUGAAAAUCCUAUGGUUGAACACCAGCCUCAGGGCCAGAUGUAUGUGGCGCGAUGCGGCUGCAAAAUGCAUCUGACAUUUGUUCAAUUUACUUGAAAUGCAAGUAAUGAAGAGAUAAUAAUAAUAAAGAUAAUAAUAAAGACCCUUAUGUCAGAACAAGACAACGGUGUGGAGGGCAUUAAUAUGGCUCGUAUGCCAUUAAAUCCCCAAUUGGCUUAACCCUAAUGAAAAGAAAAUGUGCAUGUAUAAUUGAUGCAUGUGUUCAUGACAUAGGCUGUGUUAAAAUAGUAUUAAAUUGUUUCCUUCCUUGGCACUGGGGUGGAACCCUCAAGGGUAAAUCAUUUGUAUCUUUAAUAUCUUUUAAAUAUGAUAUCUUUAAUAUGUAUCUUUCACCUCGAAAUGGGGAUAUAGUGUAUCUAAAAUGAUUACAUAAAUGGACCGUAAUUAGUUUUUAGAGUAAAGCUAAUAGUACACUGCACGCACCUUUCUAGGUAAAAGAUGUAUGCUAAAGGUGUACUCUUGAGGGUACCACCUCAGCAGCAAGGAAAGGUACAGUUUACUACCUUUUUUUCUGAGAUUGUAGGUUACUCAGGCUUCAUCCCAAUGGACGAACAGUAUUAAAGCACACAGAUUGCCUAUAUUGUACUUUAACCAAAUUUCUAAAAUGUUAUUGCAUUAUUAUUCUUCAUAAAAAAUAUUGAAUCUAUUAGAAUUAAUGAAAAAAAAUUAUUCUUCAGGAAAAAGGCAUCUAACAGCAUUGGUUCUACUGCUGUGAGAAAAACAUAUGGCGCUAAUUUACACCUGAGGCAGACAAAUCACACACAUAUCUGACUAUCACUAAUGCCUUACGUACAGUAUGCAGUCAGCUGCACUUCCCACUUCUCGACCUUUUUGUGUGCUCAAGUUGCACAUUUCGUACAUAACACCCAAAGUUUUUGUGGCUGAAUUGUGAUUGAAAGUGUGUGCAAAAAAACAUACAUCUGGCUGCUGAAAUUUUUGCUACAGAGAUUGAUGCCAAGGUAAAAUGUAGUAAACAGAGUUAACCUCUAUCAUAUUGUAUCGUGCUGUGGCCAAAUAUAUAUUUUAACACUGGUGAGGCUCUUUUAGAUGAUUAUUUUCUGAAACAGUCUCCCAUUGUCUCCUUAAAAGUUUGGGCUUGAUAGUCACACUAAGCAAUUCUGUAUUUUAAUGUGCUAAACCAGUAUCGAUGUUAUUAUUAUUAUUAUUAUUAUUAUUAUUAUUAUUAUUAUUGUUGUUGUAGUUGUUGUUGUUGUUGUUGACAUUAAGGUAUGGGAAAUAUUACCCAGUGAAAAGUUGUAUCUCUGCACUGGUAUCAUAUUAAAAUAUAUUGAUCUUUA